AUGGCAGAAGUUAUCGGUAUUAUUGCUAGUGUCAUAACUAUCGUCAACCUGGCGAAACCCACUACCAAGUUUGUCAAAGCGUUAUACAAAAUCGCCAAAGAUGAUGGUUCGAUGGAGCAUGAGAUCUUGUCUGUUGCGGAGCACAUUGAAUCUGCAUACGAAACUAUUGAGCUCGCACGACUUCGGCUCAAAGACAACUGUGAUAGGAUCAAAGAAAUGAAAUAUCCAACUUCAAGAGUUGCAAAGUACAUUGCGAGAGGCAAUCUGAAAGACUCAAUUCGGAAACUCACAGAAUAUUUCGAGUGGCAGUUAGCGAAGGCAGAGAAGAGUUUAAUAAAUUCUAGGUCAAGCAAUUUCCGGAUUGUGAACGGGAUGAAAUGGUACCUUUGGACGAACAUAGAAAUGACUACGAUUUUUACCACGUUGGACAGGGUCGUCAUGUACCUCUCCAUCAUGGGUCCUAUACUAGAGCUGGAGAUUACAACGUAUCUCAUGGAUCGGGCAGAAGGCGAGAUAGCUCAAUUGUUGGCAGUGCAGAUUCAUUCCCUACGAGAUCAGCUUGAACAUAUAGAGAGGACUAUUAAGAAAUCUGUCAGCAGUAAGCGGUUACAGAAGAACCAUGGGAAAGAUUUCAUUCUAGAAUUCGACGAUUGUGCACCGCUACUCGUCGGCUUAUCAGAAAGCAUGCGCCGUACUGGAACUGUUCCUAGCGACAAAAGGGCACGGAAGCAUGGUGAACGGAGAAGACGACGUAGGCACACAGCAGAUCAAUCGUCCACGGGUAGUAGUGAUUCUCUCCCAACAUCAACAUCUGGGUCAUCACAGCAGACUGCUAGUUCCACCGACUGUUCAUCGGUUCAGACAAUGCCUAUACUCACUGUACAAAUGUCUCGUUCACAUCAUGUGCCACCGAUACCGCAGUUUCCAUCUUUUCCGCGGUCGCGCCAGACGCCUCAGUCGCCUCGUAUGACCGAGAUAGCCCAGGCGCCAGAGGCGACUCAAACUCCUACAAGUGAUCGGUAUAUAGAUAUCGGAUCAUCGAUUGGAGGAGGAUGGAUAAAAGAUCCCGGAGAACCGAAUGCGCCACCUCACAAAAUCAACUCAAUAAUGGAUCCCCGCGUACCCGACAACUACAUCUCAUUUGUAAGGGCGGAGGAACUCCGUUUACAAAUAAAGGAGCUGGAACAAGAUGAUGCUCAUCACCCAUCACAAUCAACAGAAACCAAUAAUCGUGCGGGUCGAGUCAUAGGAAAGGUUUCGGGUAUAGAAUGGCGACAAAAGAGGAAUUCGAAACCUAUCAUGGUGGACUUUUGGGUAACAACGCUGCAUCCCAGCAGGAUGAAUGAACAGCUGGUAUUUGGGACCGAGUUUGAAAAGAGGCUUCAAAGAAUUGCUGGGAUGGAGAGAUAG